AUGUCAGAAAACAAUCCUGAUGGAGGCAUGUCUGUCGAGGCAGAUAUCCUCGAGGAGAAACUUGCCAAGAUCAGAACGCAGGUCAAUUCGAAACUUGAAAACCAGAAGAACUUAGCCCUCAUCUUAUCUGCUGUGGAAGAGAACAUCGCAGAGCAGAAUAACGACAAAUCGCCUGUGGCAUACUUUGUUUCGUUCCUUUCUUUGCUUGAACUGUCUGUUGUUGAAGAUCAAAUUGCUGAUGCCAAUGUUACAACUGCUGCUGCUUACUUCUUGGACCUUGUGGUUCCUGCUACUCCAGAGGCUCUUUUGAAACAGAAGUUUGCCCCAAUUCUUGGAAAGUUGGCUCCAGUUUUGACAAACGAAGAAGCCGGUGCUCCACUUCUCAGAUCGGCUGUGGGUGCUUUGGAAGGCUUGUUGUUGGCCCAGGAUCAUCACCUGUGGCUGUCUUCUGGAAAUGUUUCACCAAAGAGAGCCCUUGUGGGUUUACUAGAAUUAGCAUUUGAUCCACGUCCUAAGGUUAGAAAGAGAGCUCAGGAAGCUGUUCAGAAGAUUCUUGCUAACCCUCCAGCAUCUCCUUCCGCUACACAUGUCGCUGCAGGCCUUUGUGGUGAAUUGUCUUUGAAGAGAUUAUCUGGUCUCCUCUCUGAGGCCCCAAAGAGCAAAAGACCAGAAAAGAAUAAGGAACUGAAUGCCACGAUUAUUCACUGCUUGCAGCUUAUAACUGCCAUUACAUCUGCUAACGCUUGGCCUGCUACUCACGUUGAGGCUCUUUGUGAUGCUUUACUUGAAGUCUCCAAGACCUCUGACCAGUACUUGGUCACUUCUGCAUUUGCUGCUUUCAACGGCUUGUUCGUGUCUAUGACAAACGAAAUCGAUACCGAGAAGUUCACUCGUGUGCUCGAUAUCAUUUUUGACUUGAAGCCUCCUGUGGACGAUGCUCACUUGGCUGCUUCAUGGCUUGCAGUUGUUGCAAAGGGUACUGAAUGUUUCGCCAAGAUUCUGCCUGAGCUUUCAGUCAAGAUGAUCCAGAAGCAGUUCCCUAUAAUUGCUGACUUCCUCGCUUCUGAAAACAAGGACAUUUACACAUCUGCUUCUCAGUGCAUGAUCGCUAUCAUCAGCGAAGGUUUACCAGACUCUCUUUUGCUUCAGCCAAACACUGAGUUUAACAUUACUCCAGAGCUUUACGAAGAGGUGGACGAUAUGAUCACCGCCGUCGUGGAGUUCAUCGAGAAGGAGCUUCUUUCCAUAAAGUACCAGCACGCUACCAGAGUGAUCUUGGAGUUCUUGACGGCUGCUGUGAUCAAGCUUAGGACAAGAGCUAACCCUGACUUCCUUUCAGUUCUUAGAGUUGUAGGUGAGUGGAGAUCUAAUGAGGACACCAACUUCCCUUACAACAAGGAAGCCGAGGACUUUAUCGCAGCAUGUAUUUCUAGCAUGGGCCCAGAGGCCGUCUUGAGCGAACUUCCGCUUAAUCUUACUGGUUCUAACAACGGUGAACCAGGUAGAGCUUGGCUCUUACCUAUCUUGAGAGACAAUGUUCGUUUUGCAUCUUUGCAAAACUUUAAGCAGAACAUCUUGCCUCUUGCUUCUAUUUUCGAAGAGAAGGUUUCUGCCGCUUCUAACAAGGAAGCCAUGCAUAUCAAGAUUUUCCAGACAAUCAUCGACCAGAUUUGGUCCUUGCUUCCACACUUCUGUGACUUGCCAACUGACUUACGUACAUCCUUCGACGACGAGUUUGCUGGUAACCUUAGUGACUUGCUUUACUCUAACGUUGACCUGAGAACUACCAUUUGUCAUGCAUUGCGUCUUCUUGCCGAGUCUAACCUUGUCUACAGUAAGGGAGCGCUCUCUGAUGAUCCAUUGAUGAUUCAGAACUUUGCCAUUGAAGAAGCCCAGGAGAACUUGAAGUACUUGUCUACCAAGGCUAACAACCUUAUCCUGGUUCUUUUCAACGUUUAUGUCAACACUCUUGCUGAAGCUAGAGGUUUCAUCUUGGAGACUAUUGAUAUCUACUUGCAGAUUAUGCCAACUGAUGAGUUGCAGAGCUUGUUGGACAAGGUGUUUGACCGUCUUCACACUGCCAUCCAAAUGGAUGAGGCUGAACCACAGCAAAACCAAAAGAAAGAUCAGCCACCACCACAAAGUGUAUCGAUGAUGGAUCUUGUGGUUGCCAUGUCUAAGUAUGCUCCAGAGGCUUCAUACAACGGUCUUUUCAAUGUGUUCGUCUUUGGCGUCAAGAGAGACAACAACGUGAACAUCCAGAAGAGAUCUUACAGAAUCAUUUCUAAGCUUAAUGAAUCUGAGUCUGGUCAAAACGCUAUUAGGAUGUUCAUUUCAGACAUUGAGAACGUUUUCAUCGAGACUAUCAGCUCUACGCAUACAUCCUCGAGAACUAGCAGAUUGGCUGCUCUUCAAAUUGUCAUGGAGUUGCUUCCAGGCUCUGACUUGCAUUUCAUCCCAGCUAUCUUGCAAGAGGUUAUCAUGUCUACCAAGGAUGUUAACGAAAAGUCCCGUGAAGCUGCUUUCAACCUUUUGAUCCAGAUGGGUCGCAAGAUGGCUGAAGGUGGUGUUAUCAGAAACAGCAUGGUCCCUGAUUUCGGUGCUGAUGCUGAAGAUUCGCUGGCCAGUUUGACUGAAUUCUUCACCAUGGUCAGUGCUGGUUUGGCUUCCCAGAGUCAACAUAUGAUCUCUGCCACCAUCACAGCUCUCUCAUGCUUGAUGUUCGAGUUCAAGGACAGUUUGCCUCAGGAGACUUUGAUCGAAUUGGCUUCUACUGUUGAGUUGUUCUUGACGCAUAACUCGAGAGAGAUUGCCAAGUCUGCCAUUGGUUUCGUCAAGGUCGAGGUUCUUUCUUUGCCUGAAGACCUUGUGCGUUCCAACUUGUCUGAGUUGUUGACCAAGUUGAUGAGAUGGUCUCACGAACACAGGGAUCAUUUCAAAUCGAAGGUGAAGCACAUUGUGGAGAGAUUGGUGAGAAAGUUUGGUGUGGAAGAAAUCGAGAAAGCCAUGCCUGAAGAGGAUAGAAAGCUUGUUGCCAACAUCAGAAAGACGAGAAACAGAGCCAAGAGACAGAAGGAUGCCGAAGAAGAUGGCGAAGAGAAGCAAGGCAAGAAAUUUAUGUCUGCCUACGAGGAGGCUAUCCACGAUUCUGACUCUGAAGACGAAGAAGAGGAUGACAAAAAGGCUAAGCCAGGUAAGAGAAAUAAGGGCGGUGAUAUGUACAUUUUGGAAGAUGGCGAAGAGCCAUUGAACUUGUUGGACCGUCAAACUUUGGCUCAUAUUUCCUCAUCCAAGCCUAAGAAGUUCACCAAGCUGGACUUGAAGAAGCAUGAAGUGGAGAUGAGAAACGGUAAGGUUGUGUUCAAGGACGACAACGAGAAGGACCCAUUGGCCAAGGAAGGUUCUGGUAUUGAUGCUUACUUGGAUGCCGUGAAACAGGCUCCAGUGAGAGGCCAGAAGAACAAGUUGAAGUUCAAGAAGAACAAGAACGAGGACGACUGGUCAGAUGAUGAAGAGGAUGCCAAACCAAAGCCUGCCAAGACCGGUAAGACUUUGGGUAAGGGUAACAGAAUCGGUAAGCCAAAGCAGAAGUUCAAGGCCAGAAAGAAGCUUUGA